ACGGACGGAAUAUCGAAUCCUCCUACCUUCUGUAUCACGUUGUGGAUUUAUUCGUACAAUUACAUUUUCUCUUGCAUGUUGUUUGUUUGUGCAUAUUUCUAGAAUGAAUUUCCAAAGCUUCUGGGUUGCUCAUGAGAUGUUUGGCCUUUUGUUCUUCGUGCUUAUGGCGCACACCGCUUAUGGAGACGUGAGCUAUUCUUUUCCGGAGGAGAUGAAACGCGGAUCUGUGAUUGGAAAUAUAGCAAAGGAUCUCGGACUCGAUGUGAACAGACUAUCAUCUCGAAAGGCUCGAAUUGAUACUGAAGGUAACAGAAAACGAUACUGUGAUAUUAAUCUGAAUACUGGAGAACUGACAGUAGCGGAGAGGAUCGACAGAGAGGAGAUUUGUAAUGAAGGGCUUUCAUGUUCUCUUAAUUUCGAAUUGGUUCUAGAACACCCUCUAGAAAUACAUCGUGUUACAAUACAAAUUCAAGAUAUUAACGAUAACACACCGACAUUUCCUAAAGAAGAAAUAAAGCUCGAGAUAAGUGAGAAUGCUGUUAAAGGUGCUCGGUUUCGCGUGAAUGAGGCCCAUGAUGCGGACAUAGGAAAGAAUGGCGUACAAAGCUAUUCGAUAGAAAAGAAUGGCCAUUUUAUUUUAUCUGUAAACACAAAGGCGGACGGUGGUAAAAGAUACUUGGAGUUAGUGCUAGAGAAAGAGUUGGAUCGUGAGCAGCAAAAAGAGGUGACUUUAAUUCUCACUGCGGUUGAUGGUGGGACUCCACCGAGAUCAGGUACUGUAGCCAUACACGUCACUGUACUGGAUGCUAAUGAUAAUGCUCCAGUCUUUAGUCAGGCCGUCUAUAAAGUCAGUCUGCCUGAAAAUUCUCCUGUAGAUACUGUAGUGGUUACUGUGAGUGCUACUGAUGCUGACGAGGGACAAAAUGGAAAAGUGACUUACGAGUUCAGCCGUAUCUCUAAAAUUGCAAAAGAGUUAUUUGAUCUAAAUCAAAAUAGUGGAGAGAUUAACGUUAAAGGUCCUAUUGAUUUCGAGCAGGCGUUACGGUAUGAAAUGAUUGUUGAGGGAAAGGAUGAAUCUGGACUUUCUACGGACACCAGAGUAAUAAUAGAAAUUACAGAUGUUAAUGACAAUGCCCCUAUUAUAGUAAUUAAGUCGUUGAAUAGCCCAGUUCCCGAGAAUGCAUCACCCGGUACAGAGGUUGGCAUCAUUAAUGUGCAGGACAGAGACUCUGAGAAUAACGGACAGGUGCGCUGCUCCAUUCAGCAAAACGUCCCAUUUAAACUCGUAGCUUCAAUCAAAAAUUACUAUUCUCUGGUGACCACAGGUGAAUUAGACCGCGAGCUGGUGUCUGAUUAUAACAUCACAAUUACUGCUACUGAUGAGGGCUCUCCGCCUUUAUCUUCCACUAAGAAUAUUCACUUCACUGUAGCUGACGUGAAUGAUAACCCACCUGUAUUUGAGGAGCAGAAUUACAGAGCUAAUGUGCAAGAAAAUAACAAACCGGGCUCCUCUGUUUGUUCAGUAUCAGCUACAGACCCGGACUGGAGACAGAAUGGCACUGUAGUUUAUUCUCUGUUGCCCUCUGAUGUCAAUGGCGCACCGGUGUCCUCCUUUUUAUCCAUUAACGGAGACACCGGGGUCCUUCAUGCCGUGAGGUCGUUUGAUUACGAGCAGUUGAGAAGUUUCAAAGUGCUCGUGUUAGCCAGAGACAACGGGUCUCCUCCUCUGAGCAGUAACGUGACCGUGAGUGUCUUCAUAACGGAUGAGAAUGACAACUCCCCUCAGAUAUUAUACCCCUCUCCGGAAGGGAACUCCUUCAUGACCGAGAUGGUCCCCAAAGCUGCGCAGGCGGGCUCCCUGGUCUCCAAGGUGAUCGCCGUGGACGCGGAUUCUGGACAGAACGCGUGGCUCUCGUAUCACAUUAUUAAAGCGACUGAUCCGGGACUUUUCACUAUCGGUGUCCACAGCGGAGAGAUCAGGACGCAGCGGGACAUUUCUGAAUCUGACAGCAUGAAACAGAACCUUAUUGUCUCCGUGAGAGAUAACGGACAGUCCUCUCUCUCAGCCACGUGCGCAUUGUAUUUACUUAUAUCAGAUAAUUUGGCUGAAGUUCCAGAACUGAAAGACAUGUCUCAUGACGAGAGCAGCUCCAAACUGACGUUUUAUUUGAUCAUCGCGCUGGUGUCCGUUUCCACUUUCUUCCUCACCUUCCUCAUCAUCAUCCUGGCCGUGAGGUUUUGUCGCAGGAGAAAGCCCAGACUGUUGUUUGAUGGAGCUGUAGCCAUUCCCAGCGCGUAUCUCCCUCCAAAUUACGCAGACGUGGAGGGCGCAGGAACUCUCCGCAGCACUUACAAUUAUGACGCAUAUCUGACCACGGGCUCGCGCACUAGUGACUUCAAAUUCAUCAGAUCUUAUAAUGAGGGCACGCUGACCUCUGACCUGACUCUGAAAAAGACUCCGUCGUCUAUUGAUGAUCUUGAAGGACUUGAGGCAGAAAUGAGUGAUUCGUUCCAGGUGUUAGUCUUUUGA